AUGUCUGCCGUUCAGCCUGUCGCAGUCUAUGCGCUCCGGGUUCCUCCCGGUGCCAUGGUUCAAGCAGUUCCCAACGCUGCUGCUUCGUUCCGCAUCAGCAUGGCCGCUAUCGAUCCCGAUGAGGCCCCAGAGUUCGAGGAUGACCAGGACUCAAGCAAGCCUUCCCGCUCCACUCUGAAGAUUAUUCGCGCUCCUCCCGGUCUUGACCUUGACGAGGAUGACGAGGAUGAUGAGGACUACAGUGAUGAGGAGGAGGAGGAAUCCGAUGAGGAGGAGUCCAACGGUGGCCCUAGUGACAAGGAGAAGGCCCGCAAGCUUAAGGCAGCUGCUGCCCUCAAGGACCUCGAGGACGCCAUGGAGGAAGAUGAUGAUGAGGAGGAUGAUGAUGAGGACUUCGACCUGAAGGCUGCCAUCUCUAAGCUCAUCAAGGGUAAGGGCCCUGCCCUUGACGAUGAGGACUCAGAGUCCGAGGAGGGUCUGGAGCUCGAUGAGAACGUUAUCUGCACCCUCAGCCCCAGCCAGAUCUACCAACAGCCUCUGGAUAUCACUGUCUGCGAGGGUGAGCCCGUGUUCUUCAAGGUCACUGGUAACCACACUGUCUUCCUGACUGGUAACUACGUCAUUGGUCUCGAUGAGGGUCACGACCACGACCAUGACCAUGACCACGAUGAUGAGGACGAGGAUGACUACGACCUGUCUCCCGAUGAGGAUGAGCUCGACAUGGAUGAGCUUAUGGCCAUGCAGGAUGAUGAUGAGAGCGAUGACCUUGAUGACAUUGAGGACCCCAGAAUCACCGAGGUCGAGAGUGAGGAGGAGGCCCCUAAGCUUGUUGAGUCCAAGAAGGGCAAGAACAAGCGCGCCGCCGAGGAUGAAGUCACCCUGGAUGAUCUGAUGGCCAAGGCCAACAAGGCCAAGUCUACCAAGGCUGAGGAGCCCGCCUUGACCAAGGCCCAGCAAAAGAAGCUCAAGAAGAACAACGGCGAUGCCGCCGCUGUUGAGCCUAAGGAGGUCAAGAAGGAUGUUAAGAAGGAUGCUAAGAAGGAGGAGAAGAAGGAUGACAAGAAGGAGGCCAAGACCGACAAGAAGGUCCAGUUCGCCAAGAACCUCGAGCAGGGCCCUACUCCCUCCGGCGACAAGCCCACUGGCACUCUCGGCGUUAAGGAGAUCCGUGGCGUCAAGCUGGACGAUAAGAAGCUUGGAAAGGGUGUUGCUGCCAAGAGCGGUAACACUGUCGCUAUGCGCUACAUCGGCAAGCUCGAGGACGGCAAGGUCUUCGACUCCAACAAGAAGGGCAAGCCUUUCACCUUCAAGCUCGGAAGGGGCGAAGUCAUCAAGGGUUGGGACAUCGGUGUCGCCGGCAUGGCUGUCGGUGGUGAGCGUCGCAUCUCCAUCCCUCCUGCUCUCGCAUACGGCAAGAAGGCCCUCCCCGGCAUCCCUGCCAACUCUAAGCUUGUCUUCGACGUCAAGCUCCUCGAGAUUAAGUAA